ACGCCCCGUAGCGUAUCUAGGAACUGUUACUAUGAGAAACCAGAGGAUGGAAAGAAAUGCCAGGAUUUGAAGCCGUUUGUUAACUAGCUAGGCUAGCUUUGUCAGCAGAACUUGCAUUAUCUUUGAGAACAUUAAACGAUCAAUGGCUCUACCUACGCUAUCAUCCCGGUGGCCGAGUCGAACCCGUUCACUGGAAAGACAGCUGGUGCGGCAGCGGGAACAGGAGGCCCGUUGUCGACAGCAGUGGGAAUUGCAUUCGCAGUAUUUCAGAGAGCAGAACGUUCGCAGCAGUAAACAAGCCGAGUGGAGCUCUCGUCAAUCUUACCAGCAGAGCAUGUCGGCGUACCAUCGAGACAGACUGAAAGAGGAGAAGAGGUCGAGCCUGGAGAGGCGCAGGGAACGUCUGAAGGUCCUGCUGCAGGAUGAGACCGACCAGCUCGAGGAAGAGCUUCGGAAGAUGGUCCCCGACACGAGCGCCUUGGCGAGGCUGCUGGUGGAGAAGACGGAAGACCUCCGCACGGCUCGAGAGGAACGAAGAAAGAGACUUGCACAACAGCUGCUGAAAGAGCACUGGAAGAAGAACAACUCUGAACUGAGGAAGGUCGAGUCAGAAUUACACAAAGAUCAUGUGGUGAGCCGCUGGCAGGAACAGACGAGUGAGAAGCUUCAGCAAGAGGCCGCGGAGCAGGAGGAGAAGAGGCGCUUCGAGAACGAGUACGAGCGGACGCGCCGAGAGGCCCUGGAGAGGAUGAGGCAGGAGGAGGAGCGGAGGAGGGCGGAGGAGCGGGAGAGGGCGGAGGAGCUCCGGAGACAGAUGGAGGAACUGAAGCUGAGAGAGGAGGAGGCCAGCCGUCUCAAGAAGGAGCACGAGGCUCUGCUGUCUCAGAGCUGGGAGCUGGAGAGACUGGAGCAGGAGAGGAAGAGGGUGGAGGAAUGCCGGAAGAAAACUGAAAUGGGGCGUUUCCUGGUCCGCCAGUACCGUGCCCAGCUGAAGAAGAGGGCCCAGCAGGUGCAGGAGGAACUGGAGGCGGACCGCAGGAUCCUGGCGACCCUGCUGGAGGGGGAGCAGGACGACCACCGGCAGGAGAGCGCCCGGAGGGAGAGGGCGGUGGCCGACGCCGCCUGGAUGAAGCACGUCAUCGAGGAGCAGCUGGUGCUGGAGAGGCAGAGGGAGGCCGAGUUUGAUGUCCUGUACAGGGAGGAGGCCCAGCGCGUGUGGGAGAAGAGGGAGGCGGAGUGGGAGAAGGAGAGCAGAGCCCGGGAGCGCCUCAUGCAGGAGGUCCUGGCGGGCAGGCAGCAGCAGCUGGAGCAGAAGGUGCAGCAGAACCGGGAGGACCAGGAGGAGACCCUGAGGAGGCGCGAGGAGCUCAUCCAGGAGCUGGAGCUGGAGAGGAGGACAGCAUGA